CAAAGUAAAGAAACUUGGUAAAACCUGCUAAGACAAGAUUCGCAACAGCUUUUUUGACAUUGCAUAGUUUUUAUAUGCAAAAGAAAAAUCUGAGAACCUUGUUUAUGUCCACUGAAUGGAAUGAAAGUGUCUAUGCAAAGGAAACUCUUUGGAAAAAAGUUGCGAGACACAUCAUUAGUCCAUAUUUUUGGAAUGACACUGUUCAAGCACUUAGAGUUGGUGGUCCUUUAGUUAAUGUACUUCGUAUGGUGGAUGGGGAGAAAAAACCACCAAUGGGCUACAUUUAUGAAGCCAUGGAUAGGGCCAAAGAAAGUAUUGAAAAGACAUUCAAUUAUGAUGAAAGGAAAUGUAUGAAUGUUUUCAAAAUCAUUGAUGCAAGGUGGACGGAUCAACUUCAUCAACCUUUACAUGCAACUGGGCAUAUUUUGAACCCGGGGCUCUAUUAUAAAAAUAAUGAGAUGAAGACUUUAACCGAAGAAGUGUGGUUGGGAUAUCAUGCAUGUGUUGAGAGGAUAAUCCUAGAUAAAACUUUGCAAGUCAAAAUAAGGGAUGAGCUUGGUGUGUACAUGAAAGCUGAUGGGCUACUUGGAAUUGAGUCGGCCAUUAGAGCUAGAACCUUAAGGUCACCAGUUGAAUGGUGGAUGCAAUAUGGUCAUAAUGUCCCAAACUUGCAACAAUUUGCUAUUAGAGUGCAAAGUUUAACUUGUAGCUUAUCCGAUUGCGAGAGAAAUUGGAGCGUGUAUGAACAUGUGAGAACCUAUGUUACGUUAUUAAUAAAUUAAAUGGCAUCUUAAUUGUCCA